ACACUCCAGAAUAUAAACUGGGAGAGGAUGCAGGUACCAGAGUGGUCCAGUAGCAGAGUGUUCCCGACUGCCGGCGUUCUUCUCGUUGUUGUCAGCUCAAGAUCUGUAGAUUUGUAAAAAAUCCAAAGACGAAAGAGAGAUUUUACUUUCCCAAGACCAGUGAAAAGUCAAGGCUUCAGGAUCAAACACUAUGUCUCAAAUAGUCCCCAAAAACAAAGCUCCAGGAUCUGAUUUCUGUGGCCAGAACACUUAUAAUUACAUUGUCCGCUCCGACCUGGGUUGCUUCAUGAGGUCAAGUGAUUUCGUUGAGGGCAAAGACAUAGGAGUGUUUCCCUUGCACACUUCUUGUCAGGGUGGAGCUCACUACUUAGCCCACGAGGAUGACUCCUUCUACAUCAUCAACAGAGAUAACUAUCGCUGUGUCACUAACCUGGACAAGGGUGAUGAUGCUGUCGUGUACAACCUUCACCCCAACUGUCAAGGAGGGGAUCAUUACCUCUUUGCCUUUGGAUACUUCUACAUUAUUUUCCAGGACAGAGGUGUUUACCGCAGAGUCUCGAAUAUGAAUACAGAUGAAAAUGGGGAUGAAUAUACCCUUUACACAAGUUGCAAGAAUGGUGUUUAUUACUGGGGUGUUAAGGAUUACUGCUGCUUUGUAAAACAGCAUGAAGCAUCAGGUAUUCAGUUCGUUAGGUGCGCUAGCUUCCUUGAAAACCCAGAUACUGAUAUCUGUCGCUUCAAUGAAAGUGUGGUCCCCUUUAUCCCUGGAGGACUGGCCAUUAAUAAAGGACCAGCUUUUGGGAAAUGGGAGGCAAUCAAGAUCAUCCCCAAUGACUCUGAUGGUCCCAAAGUAUGGGAAAACAAGAUCAUUAGGAAGGUGGGAUAUAACAGAAUGAAGAUGAACGGUGUGGAGCAGAACUGGAAAACAAGCAUGGGCACCUCAUAUAAGCCAGGAGCCCUCGCUGAAGCCAUUGCCAAGUACCAGUUCUCCCUCUCUGUCCAAUAUGGGGGGGUAGGUGUCCAGACCAAGCAGGAAGACUGGAGCAACAUCACGGAGGUGGAAGAAUUUUUUCAUGUGACCCUGCAGCCCAAAAGCCAGAUGUACAUAUGGCAAUACCAGCUGGGCUUUGGCAAUGAGCCUAUCUUGUUUUGUCGUGACCUGAUGUUUACCAGUGAUUCCACUCCACCUACAACUGUCCCUCUGCCCCUUUCAAAUAAGUAAUAGAGGAAGUGCCGAAAGGUUUGCUCUCUGUUGGUUGCAUUUAAUACAAUUUGGGCUGAUAAAUAAUUAAGGUCUGUAGAAAUCUCACAAGCUUUGGAUACUUUAGCUGAGAGGUAAAUAGAGGAAAACCGAGCUAAACAUUAAGUUAGGCUAUGAUUAUUUUAACCACUGUAUAAUUCUUGAGUGCUUCUCACUGUCCUGAGUUGCAUGAAGCUCCAGAACCAUCACUAUUCAAGUCUGGUUUCCUUCAGAUUAGAGGCUUCCCAUUACUUCAUGAUAUUUCUGGCAUUUCUACCUAUGCAGGAAGGCAAAGUGGUGUGUGUGAUGAGGGUGGGCAGUCUGGUAUCCUUUUACAUCCUCUCAAGAGACCAUUAAACAUUCUGCACCUCCACACAUGCCCUAUUUUCCAAAACUUUGUCCUGGAUUUGUACUCUACCUUCUGUAAUCUUUAGUUUGUUACUGUGUCGAUCAGCAAAUAAAAUUAAAUCAAGCAUGUCUGGAAAAGGAA